AUGUACCAAUCAAUGACAGUUCCACCAUUUAGACCCUAUGGAGGAGAUGACAUACGAGUUGUGAGUGAUCUCUCGAGAUUUGAUUAUCAACCUGAUCAAAAAAUAAGGUCAAGAAACCCCACUCCACCAAGCACAAUCAAUGAUAAUGUUUCCUCCAGCAAAUUAACAUUAGAUACUAUAAUCCCGUUAUAUUCUUCCAAAAUAGAUGAACGACCCAAAUAUAGUCCACUAAGGCAACAAGAAGAUAGAUCAACACAGUACCCAUCACCUCCAAUACCAGUAAAAGAAGAACCAACUAUAACUAUUCCUAAAAGAGAAAAGAAGAAAGUUCGAUAUUCAAUUGGUGUACAAGUUCCUCAAGAUAAUGGUGGUAUUUCCAUGACAAACAAUCCAGCACCACCAGCACCAGUGCCAGUGCCAGUGCCAGCACCAGCCCCGCCUCCACCACCACCAAAAGAUAUUGCUCCACGACUGAUGCCAUAUCCUCAAGAUAUUAAUAAUGCCAAUAACUUACCUCCCAUGCCACAACCAACAAGUCAACUAUAUCCUCAACAACAGUUACCUCCGUUACCGUAUAAAGACAGCUCCAGUAUAACGUCACCGCAAAAGCGAUUAGAAAAGAAAUUAAUCAAACAAGUUAUGAAUCGUCCCGUAAUUCAAUUUAAAGCCGAUAGAUUUGGACAAAACUAUGAAGGAGAAUAUUUCACCAUCAGUGCCAAUUUUGUUAUAUAUGUAUUUGAAGUUUGUUGUAGUGUUGUUGAGAUUGUAUUAAGUUCUAUAUUAUUGCAACGAGAUCAAGACAUUGGUGUUGGAUAUUAUCGAUAUUUUUUGGCCGAUGGAAUAAUAUCAUUAAUUGUUUCCCUUUUAUUUGCGUUACAAGUGAUUAAUUAUGAAAUACGAAAUGGGAUAUUUUAUUGCUUGGUGAGUACUAUUUGUAAAUUUGUUUCAUUUAUAUUUAUAAUUAGUCACAUUUUUCCUCAUAAUACUUAUGCCACUCAUGAAAUAUGGCAAAUGAGACGUGGAGUUGGUGCUAUUAUUAUCAUUUCUACGUUUUUAUGGGUUACAAAUAUGACAAUGUUUGUCACUACACUAUAUAUAUCGAGAUUAGAUUUACUUGAAGAAUUAAAUUUUGAUUAUAGUGAAGUAAAUAAAACUACAUAG